CACACACAGGGAGAGGGAGAGGCAGUGUCCCGGUGCUCAGUGACCCCCAUCUCUCUCUCUCUCUCUCUCCGGCCGAUGGAGCCCAGCACAGCCCCCGGGGCGGGCAGCAAGCGCAGGAACCUGGGCUUCUUCAAACCCCCGAGGCUGUACAUCCAGGAGAGGCGCCGCACCGACACCAUCAUCAGCGAGAGUGCAGCCAGCAGCGAGGAGGAGAGAUGCGGCACUCUCAGGAGGAGCCAGUCUGAUCGCACCGAGUACAGUCACAAACUGAAAGCUAAGAUGACUCCCCACGCCAUUCCUGAGGCACCAAUGACCCCACCUCUGGACCCUGAGGAGCAGAGGCAGCGCAUGAUGGGCAGGAGGUUAAAGGUCAUCAAAGAGCUAGUAGUGACUGAGAAAGAUCACUUCAACGACUUGGAUCUGUGCAUCACACACGUGGUUCACCCACUGAGAGAGAAAAGGAUGGAGUGUCUUGAUGUCGAUGGGUUGUUCAGCAACAUUGAAUCUGUUCAUCAGAUAUCUGCCAAGCUCUUGUCCAUGUUAGAAUAUGCCAUUGCUGAAGAUGAUCCAGAGAUGCAGAUGAUCGGUGAAAUAUUCUUACAGCUUAAAACUCCUUUGGAAGAAGUUUAUAAAAUCUAUUGUUAUCACCACGAUGACGCCAAUAGUUUGCUUGAAACAUACGACAAAGAUGAUGACAUUCGGCGACAUUUAAGGAACCAAGUUGAUGCUCUGAAGAAAAUAUACCAGGAGCAAGGGAAAUCCACCUUGUUGGAUAUGGGAUCGCUGCUUAUUAAGCCUGUGCAACGGGUGAUGAAAUACCCGCUGCUAUUGAGUGAGCUUUACAAAUCCACCCCAGAGUUGCAUGCGGAUCAUAAACCAGUUGGAGAUGCAUUAGCAGCGGUGAGGCAAAUCAACGUGAACAUUAAUGAGUUCAAAAGGAGGAAAGAUCUCGUGAUGAAAUACAAGAAAAGUGACGAAGAUGAGUCUCUAAGGGACAAGCUGUCCAAGGUGAACAUUCGAUCAAUUAGGAAAAAAUCCAACCGUGUCACCAGUCACUUGAAGAUCCUGACCUGGGGGGAGCUGCAGGUCAAAGAUGAGACAUUCGAUAGAGAGGAGAAAAUAUUUCGAAACCUGGAAAAGGCUGUGAGACUCUGUGCAAAGAAUACUUUCUGUUACCAUCAAAAUAUUCAGGAAGGCAUGUUACUAGCAGUCCAGAAUGUGCACAGCCUUCAGAGGAUUGUUCAGGAUUGCAACCACAACAACGGUGACUCUCUUCAGGAAUUGAAGACCUACCAACAUUCCUUUGAAAGUUUUAAAGAUCGUUUGGAAAGGCUCGUUGUGACGCCACUUGCCACGUUACACAUCCUAUUUUCGACUCCUCAGAAGCUCAUACAGAAGCGUUAUGACAAAUUGCUCGAUUAUGUCAGCUGCCUCAAGCAGUCCGAAAGCGUGAGAGACAAGAGGGAGGCAGAGGAACUGAACGAGGCAAAGAAGGAUUAUGAAGCAUUGAAUGGCCAGUUGGUGGAGGAACUUCAGAAGUUUAACAAGGCGGCAAAGAAAAUACUAAUUAACUGCAUCUUCUGCUUCAUGGCUGUCUUCAGGGACCUCAUGAGCUCAGCGCUGCAGGCCUCCCCACCUGUAAAGACCAUCCUGGUUUCUCCUUCAGACAGGGUUCAAGACAGGAAAAAGCAAGCCAUUGAAGAAAUUCACAGUUUGUCAUUUGGUAAAGAGUUUGGAUCUCAGAGAGUGAUUGAAAGGAGGACCAGCUUAGAAGAACGGUCAAAGAAAAGAUCAUCUGCCUCCGUGCCUCAGGCUCCCCAACAGACUGAAGAUGUCAGGGCUAAGCUCUUGGCCACACACAGCCCUGACAAACUCUUUCAGGCAAAACGAAAAUUCAAUGCUGCCCAAGAUUUAGACGCAUCUCUUCAUGAGGGGGAAAUCGUGGCAGUCCUUGAGAAACAGGAUCCUCUCGGGAGUGUGAACAGGUGGCUCAUUGAUACAGGAGUGUUGCAAGGUUAUGUGUAUUCCUCAUUUCUGAGGCCAUACAAUCCUGCAACGGGCCAGAAUGGAGUGUCCACAGAUGGAUCAGCGCUUGAUGAAGAUUUUGAUGACAUUAGCCUGUUUGUGUCUUCACCCUGUGGAGAUACCAACAAUGCAAGGAGUAUGCACUUUAACGCCAACGACGGUGAAAACCCUCUCCUCAACUCUCAGGAAGUGUCUACACCCGAGACAUCAUCCAUUAAUGGAAAUGACGACACCUCAAGUGACUUAGAAGAUCAGCAGAUCUUUUAUGCUGUUUAUCCUUUUGAAGCACGGAGUAAACAUGAACUCAGCCUACAGGAAUACGAACGAGUGACAAUUGUGAAAUCCAGUGACUUGAGUGGGAACCCAGAUUGGUGGUUGGCAGAAGUUAAAGGGAAGCGGGGAUAUGUCCCUGCGAACUAUCUGGGAAGGAUGACCUACGCAUGAAGGCUCAACUUGUGACAACCUUUAAAGAAACUCUUGGGUGGAAAGCCAUGUUCUUGUAGCUGUUCUCUAAGUUUACUAAAUCAUAGCAAAAGAGUUGAAGUUUGCUUUUUUUCUCCUUCUCUCUUGGGAUGUGGGCAUUGCCGGCUGGCCAGCGUUUAUCGCCCGUCCCUACCUGCCCUUGAACUGAGUAGCUUAUUAAGCCAUUUCAGAGGGCAGUUGAAAGUCAACCACAUUGCUGUUGGUCUGAAAUCACACGUAGCUCAGAGCAAGUGAGGAUAACACAUUUCCUUCCCUGAAGUGAGGCAGAUGGAUUUUUUUUCCCCAACAAUCAGCAAUAGAUUUCAUGGUUGUCAGUAGAUUUUUAAUCCCAGAUACUUAUUUUAAAACUUGAAUUCAAAUUCCACCAUCUGCCGUGAUGGGAUUCCAUCCUGGAUCCCCAGACCUUUAGCUGAGUUUCUAGAUUAAUAGUCUAGUGAUAAUACCACUUCGCCACAGCCACAUAGACGCAGAGGUGUGAAGAAUUGUAACAAGAAGACAUGGCUACAGAUACCUGGUCUGGGUCACAGUAGUCGUACUGAUAGCUAUGAUUGAAUACAGUCACACAUUUUUCUGUUCCACUGGAUCCAAGGCACAUGGUCUCUGUGUUUACAAACUUUCAAAUGCUUUGCAAUCAAAUGAAGGGUAUUUAACUUAUCAUGAAGGAUAUGAAAUUAUUAGCACGUCGCAACUUUGUAGGGGAUUGUAGCCCCAUGUUUGUGUAUGUAACUGUGUUUGUGUGUGUACAAGUGUUUGUGCGUGUACUUGUGUUUGAGAAGGAAAUGAACACAAGUGAGGGAAAUGGCAAAACACUUGCUUCCAGUCUAAUGACCAAAGACCACAUUAAUGUAUGUUCUUGAGACCGAAAGAUACACAUUACUAUUAAACAUUACUCCUGUGGAGUAAAUGAUUUUAAAUUAAAGUUGAAAAACAUGAAUUUGCAAAUAUUUUUGCAAGAUCCAUAUGUAAAAUGGUGCAGCUCAGACAGAGAUCUUUAAGCCUAUUGUGAAAGUACUUUCAGAAAGAAAUGUGUUUGUGUCACUUGUGUCACAGUUGGCAGAUAAAGGCAGGGAAAGCCGGAUCAACCGCAUUGUGUCCCAGUGACAGGAAUCAAUGCAUUCAUUAUGGGUCUGAUGCACUUUGGAGAAUUUUAGGGUGGCAGUCCAGAGCUUUGAAAUCAAUGAUUAUUAAAUUCGGAGCACCAAAUGUCAGGUGCACAGACUUCCAUGCUUGUUUGGUUGGCAUUACCUGACACAAAGAAAGGUUGGCGAUGAACUCCAUCUCUGGAAAUGGAAUCCUACAAAGCACAUGGCUAAUGUUUGUAAUGGGAUAAAUGCGGCUUGUUCGAUCUCCUUCACAAUGUCCAAAAAUCACAGAAUUAUUACAGAAGGUUGCCAUUUGGCCCAUCAUGUCUGCAAAAGCUCUUCAAAUGAGCAUUGGACCUUUUGCCAACUCCUGCUAUCUCCACAAUCCUGCACACUCUUCUCCUUCAAGUAAUAGUCCAAUUCCCUCUUGAAAAGCUCAGUUUAAUGGUCUCUAUUACAUUUUCAGGGACUGCGUUACAAAUCUUAACCAUCUGCUGAAUCUUUUGGCAUUUACCUUAAAUGUUUUGGAGGUGGGCCAGGUCAGUUUUCUGCAUAGCUGGUUGGUGAUGUUUAGUGAUGCCAAUAACACGGGUUCAGUUCCUGCGCUAGCUGAAGCUACCAUGAAGGACUCUCUUCCUCAACCUCUCCCCUCACCCAGAGGCAUGGGGACCCUCAGAUUAAGACCAUAAGAAAUAAGAGUGGAAGUAAGGCCAUUCGGCCCAUUGAGUCCAUUCUACCAUUCAAUCAUGGCUGAUGGGCAUUUCAACACCACUUACCCGCACUCUCUCCAUAUACCUUAAUUCCUUUGUGAGAUUAAGAAUAUAUCAAUCUCAGAUUAAACCACCAGCAGGCAUUUUUCUCUAAUGAGAGAGCGGCCCUGUCGUCCAGUAAAUCUGUGGUGACUUUACCUUUUAAAUGACAUCUCGAGUUGUGCUAAACGCAGAGUUCCCCAACCCUCUGGAAAGAGCAGGAAUGUUGUUUUGUCUUUGGGGCAAAUCCCUUGUGUCAUGAUUAGAAAGGUCAUUUUCUGCACAAGUCCAUGCAACAACAAAAAAACAAAGAGGCAAACUGUCUGAUUUUACUGCUUAAAUCCCUUCUUGACCUCACCUCUCCCUAUCUCCAGACCUAAGCCAUCUGAGACCUGUUCUGACUCUGGCCAUUUGCACAAUUAAUACUUCUCCAACAUUGGUGGCUGAGCAUUCAACUGCUGGGCUGGAUCCUAAGCUCUGGAAUUCUCCCAAAAUCUCUCUGGCUCUCUCACCUCCUUUAUGGUGCUCUUUUAUACAUCGGCCAUUGACCCAGUAUCUCUUUAUGUUGCUCCGUGACAAUUUUAUUUUGAGAAGCACUUUCAGACAUUUUACCAUGGUAAAGGCUCUAUAUACAUGCAAAUUGUCGUUAUUGUUGUGUAUAGAACUUGAAACCAAUAACUAACAUCAGAAGAACGAUCAUCAGAAAAAUCCUUCUGGCUCCUAAAUCUCUCCAGCAAAGAAACCUACCAGCAGGAUCUGAUCUGAUCCUAAUAGUGAGAGCAAAUUACUGUAGAUGCUGGAAUCUGUACUGAAAAAAAUAUUCUGGAGAUCACUUUGGGUCAGGCAGCAUCCAUGAAGAGAGAGAGAAAGCUUACGUUUCCAGUCUAAAUGACUCUUCAUUAGAGUUCUGAUGAAGAGUCAUCUCAACUCAAACGUUAACUUGCUUUCUAUACAUUGGGUCCCACUGUGAUCUUCAGCAUUUUUUGUUUUUGAUUCUAAUAGUAACCCCUGAAAGUGGCCUUGAAUGCUGUUAGAUGUUAAAACAAUACUUACAAAACAAGACCCUGGUCAGUGGGGUCACUCCUAUUGAAAGUUAACAAUUCAGUCUGAGCCAUAUUAACCAAAGGUUCAUAUUUAUUGUUGAAUUAAGCUGCUUUAUUACCUUAUUUUUCAUCUAAUUUGUUUUGUUUCAAAUUGUAAUUCAACACAAAAUCCUGAGCUAUCAUCAUUCCCAGACAGUUGUAAUUAUGACAAACGGGAAUAUUCCUGAAAUUCUGACAUGAGGUCUGGUGCUUUAUACUUAUUUUCCAGUAUUGAUGACUAACUCACCCAUUGGAACAUUUAGGUGGAUUAGGCAUUAAAACAGAAUUGAUACUCAAAAGUAACUGAUAGUCAGGUAACUGGAUCCCCAUGUGCCAACUCUUUUAAGCCAUGAAAUUAUGAGGGUUUUAUGCUAGUCUCUGAUCUUUUUCAAAAAUAUUGCUUUUUUUCUAUGUUUUAUAGAAGUUUUAAGCAGUUUUUCAGAAUGUAUUUUAUCACAGUGAGCCUGAUGUAAUAUAGAUUGCACACUAGUUGCAGACAUAUACAAUGAAGGUCACAAAGUUGUACAGUUCGAGAUGAUAGGUUGGUGUGCUUUGUGAGAGGACUGAAAUGAUCUCAGGUAAGGUAGCACAGUGUGUGUGUAUGUGUUUGUGUGUACACAUCUCAGGUCUGUGUUUCUCUCCCACCAUAUAAUGCACAGAAGGUUUUUCACUGGAGCAGAGUGGAACAUUAUUCUGCCUGUGCUUGAGCAGGAGGAGAUGUUUGAGAAAGUUUAAAUGAUGCAUCACAACUGCCAGUCACGUUUCCAAUGUACCCUAAUCCAGUGAGGAAUCCAUAGGGGUUUGUCAAACAGUUCCCAUUCACCAUCAAAUUGCUUGUUAUGGCCACAGACUGAAUCCCUGGAGUACGGACUAAUGCAAGCAAUCUUCCUGUUUGGUCAAUAAUCAUUAAUCCCACCACCUAACACAUUGCAGUUCCAUUAAAAGAUUCAACCAAUCAUGGGACCAUAAAUGAAUUUGAUCUUCAUAACUCCGAAGAGUAGUUUUUGAUGAUAGAGUGCACAGAAGGAAUGUUUGUUGGCUUUGAUAUUUGCACAUUUUCAAUCUGUCUGGCAUUUUUCUUGUGGAAAUGUUAUAUUAUUUCUUUCAGCAUUUUAAACAUUUGAUGCAAUCGUUGCUUUUCCCGUCAGGGAAUGCAAUUUACCUUACCAGACUUUACGAUUGAUUGGAUGAAUUUACACAUACAUUGUUUGAUUCAUGACUUGUACCUAACUUUCUGAAUUAACUUGCACUAUAA